CGGUGUGUGCACACAUGGGUCCGGGUAAAGUUUCGUAUCCUUCAGUAUUCGUGGUGGACAGUAGAAUGAAGCCCCCUCCGCUGCCCCCCAAGCCGGGCCGUAGACAGCGGAAGGAUGUGAUCCAGACUCUACUGGUGAUCCUGGUUUGUGUGGCUCUGUGUGGCAUGGCUGUGGAGGCCUGUUUCAUCUACCAUCUGUUCACAUCAAAGGAAAACUCGACAACUCCAGUUGAACCACAGAUUGGCAUGAGCAAACAAGAGAAAGAACAUGCUCUAACCCCCAAACAAAAACCGCUUGGAGAAAUGAAGCCAUCAAAACCAAUGGCACAACUGACAACUGGUCAGGAACCUGUAAAUGGAGUCGUGCUGUGGCAUGAGAAUCAUCAGUCCAUUCUUCACCAUGUCAAACACAAGGCAAAUGAGGGCAAACUCAUCAUAGAGAAAGAAGGAUAUUAUUCCAUCUACUCUAAGAUCAACUUCCAGGAGGACAACAUCAUAUUCAGCCACUCUGUACUCUGGGAAACACAUCGAUAUGUAGGAAACGAGAUUCUGCUUCUCCAGUCCUCGAGGUUACAUCCUAAACUCCCAAGGUUGAGAACCAUAGACAACAGCUACCUAAGCGGGGUUUUUCAUCUGUACAAAGGUGAUGCUGUCUUUGUCAGGGUGAAAAACUGUACACUUGUGUUGUCCAGUGCUGCUGAGAACUACUUUGGUGUGUUCAUGGUUUAGAUGGAUUCUGCAGUCAGACUGUUACCAUUAGACCAAUGUGCGAGUUGGGUAAGUUCACAGCUAGAUCUGAUGGAAGACUAAACUAUUAAUAAUCACAAUACUUAGUUUUCCUUUACAUCUGUACCUUUCAAGUAAUUUUUCUAACUGAAAACAAGCUAGAUACUUGAAUAAGAAGGAAUCAGACUUUUUCUUGUUCUUUAAAGAUAAGACGUUCAUUGUAUAGGAUAGAUGUAUAGGACAGGUAUUAUAUAUAUAUAUAUAUAUAUAUAUAUAUAUAUAUAUAUAUAUAUAUA